AUGAGUAAAUUCAACUAUGUUUUCAAGCCUUUAUCGAUUGAUACAUUCGAAUAUAGUUACAUGGAUGGGAAGACUGAGAAAUCAUUCACUAUAAAAAGAAAAACUUCAUUAAAAGAAGGAAAGAGUGUAAUGUAAAGGAGUGAACCUAUUACCUAAUUUAAUGUAUGUGAUUGCUUAUGAUGAUGAUAGAAUGAGACCAUUUAACAGAGUCAAAAGAGAGCUUAAACAAGUAGACGAAUGAAAUAAUCUCCAAAACCCAGAAGUUCGUCAAUAAAUUCUAAUACUCCAAAAAUUGCAAUUCGUAAAAUUGAAAGCAGAUUGGAAGAUGAAUUAGAAAUUUCAGAUAGAAGAAACUCAAUCUAAAAGAAAUCGAUUAACAUACCCCAAAUGAAUUAUCUCAAUUUUAAUGUAUACAUUAUUUAACAAAAUAGUUUAAUAGAUAGCAAUUAUGAGUGGACAAACUUGUAAUUCUUUUCCAAAAGCAUUAGAAUUGAUAAAUUAAGACAAUAAACUUUUCAGGAAGAAAACACUUGAUAACUCUAAAGCUUUGAAAACAAUUGAAAAUGAGAUUCAAUAAUAUGAGCGCUUAGAGAAUUGCCAUCCUUUAAAUAUAAAAGAACAUAUUGGAAGGAUACAUGCAAUUAAUGAAAAACGAACUCCUAUUAGGCAGAGAAACAAGGAAAGGGAAGCUUUUACAAGAAAUUUACAAUUUCUUGAAGAAUCACUUCAGUAAUCAACAGCUCCUGAGAAAAAACUAUAAACAGUUAUUCAAUAAUAUUUUUAUAAAAAGAAAUCAUUCUUAGAAGAAAAAGCGAAAUAAGAAGAAAUUUAGUAGACUAAAUUGUAAGAGGAAACUAUUAGAAUUAAUUUAAAUAAGGGAAAUAUGAGAAUGUCAACAACCUUUUUGAAGAGAUUCAUUCAUUAAGUAGAAAAAGAUAAAUAAUAGAAAGUUUAAUAAUAACAAUCUAUUGAAGAAUAUUAAUAGACUUCUGAAUAAUAAUAAUAAUAGAUUUCUGAAUAAUAAUAAUAGGCUUCUGAAUAAUAAUAAUAAUAAUAAUAAUAAUAAUAAUAAUAAUAAUAAUAAUAAUCAUAAUAAUAAUAAUAAUAAUAAUAAUAAUCAUAAUAAUAAUAAUAAUCAUAAUAAAUAGAAACUUAAAAAAGUUAUAUUUAAUCUAUAAAAUCAUCUUAAAUAAAUAAAAAAAGGUAGAAUGCCAUUUAUAGUGGAUAGGUAAGGACUAUAUUUAAAAGAAUGUUUCAUUUAAUCCUUGAUUGUGUUAAAAAAAUGAAAUAAAUGAAUCUUACAAUAAAGGAGUUAUUUUAACAUGGUGUAAUUUAAAAGAAACCUUAUGAAAGACAAGGAUCUUUUUAAUUUUUUGAAGCUGUAGAAAAUAAUAAUUAAAGUCUCAUAAACUUUAUGCUCCAGAAAUGUAGAUAUUAUGCUUUUGAUAUUAAUGAAUAAGGAUAAACACCUUUACACAUAAGUUCAAUCCUAGGUUAUUGUGAAACGACCGAAAGUUUGCUAUAAUGUGGGGCUUAUCCUGAUUCUUAAGACCUAAAAGGAUUGUCUCCACUCUAUUAUGCUAUUUAAUAAUAGCAUAGUUAAAUAGUUUAAUUAUUAUUAUUUUAUAAUGCUAAUCCUUGGUCAAAUAGUAAAUAUAAAUUAGAGACUCAAAAUAAUGAGAUAAGAAAGUUAUUGAAAUAAUCAAGAAAAGUAUAUAUACAUCUAAUAUUUAGAUUCAUUUAUUACUAUUAUUAACUAAACAUUCAGAUAGAGAUCAAAUAUGGAUCAAUUCAAGAAAAUCUUUGUUAUCUUGA